GUUUGGUGGCGGGAGUUGGGAGAGGGUGGGGAGAGCUGUGUGCGUCACUCCUGGGCUGUGAAAACAUCUGCGCCGGCGUCCAGCAGCAGGACAGGGAGGACAAGCCGGAGUGUGGGAAGAGGAAGGCAACUGCGCAGCCACAGCAUCAUCCCGCUAUUCCCCUGGCACAGGAAAGCCGGGCAUGACUGCACUGACACUGCUGCUCGGAGCACGACCAGCCUGGAUCAGGAAACAUGAUUCCAGUGACGGAGUUCCGACAGUUUUCCGAGCAGCAGCCAGCAUUCCGUGUUCUCAAGCCAUGGUGGGACGUGUUCACGGACUAUCUGUCUGUGGCAAUGCUGAUGAUCGGAGUCUUUGGUUGCACAUUACAGGUCAUGCAAGGCAAGAUAAUAUGCCUGCCAAGAGUGCAGCCCAUUCACAACAUUUCAGUCUACAAUGUUUCAAAUUCUAAUCUGCCACUUAAUACACCAAAGCCAAUAACACCUGGGACAGUGGAGAUGAAGGGGCUGAAAACAGACUUGGACCUUCAGCAGUACAGUUUUAUUAACCAGAUGUGUUACGAGCGUGCUCUGCAUUGGUACGCCAAGUACUUUCCCUACCUUGUUCUGAUUCAUACUUUAAUUUUCAUGUUGUGUAGCAACUUUUGGUUUAAAUUUCCUGGCUCAAGUUCGAAAAUUGAGCAUUUUAUAUCAAUCUUGGGGAAAUGUUUUGAUUCUCCUUGGACAACCAGAGCCUUGUGCAAAGUAUCUGGAGAGGAGCCAGAAGAGAAGGAUAACAGAAAGAAUAAUCUGAAUAAGUCUAACAUGAACCUGUCACCACUGGAGAGUCCCUUGGUGAAGACCCAGUCUCUGAAGUCAAUACCUGAGAAGUUUAUUGUGGAUAAAGCUGCUGCAGGUGCUCUGGAUAAAAAGGAAGGAGAGCAAGCAAAAGCCUUGUUUGAGAAGGUGAAAAAGUUUCGCAUUCAUGUUGAAGAAGGAGAUCUCCUUUAUGUCAUGUAUGUCCGCCAAACCAUUCUUAAAGUUCUGAAAUUUCUAUUUAUCAUUGGAUACAAUAGUGCUCUUGUGUCAGAAGUACGGUUUACUGUAGAGUGUAAUGUUGACAUACAGGACAUGACAGGAUAUAAUCAUUUCUCUUGCAAUCAUACAAUGGCUCAUCUGUUCUCUAAGCUUUCCUUUUGUUACCUCUGCUUUGUGGGUGUUUAUGGCCUCACUUGCCUUUAUACUCUGUAUUGGCUAUUCUAUCGCUCUUUAAAGGAAUAUUCAUUUGAAUAUGUUCGUUUGGAGACUGGCAUCAAUGAUAUCCCAGAUGUGAAAAAUGAUUUUGCCUUCAUGUUCCACAUGAUAGAUCAGUAUGACCCUUUGUAUUCUAAACGCUUUGCUGUGUUCCUCUCUGAAGCUAGCGAAAACAAGCUGAAGCAACUCAACUUAAACAAUGAGUGGACAGCAGAAAAGCUGAGGCAAAGACUUCAGACCAAUGCAUCCAACCGGCUGGAGUUACAGUUGUUUAUGCUCUCUGGCCUUCCAGACACUAUAUUUGAGAUAACAGAGCUACAGUCCUUAAAGCUGGAAAUUAUAAAUAAUGUUAUGAUUCCAGCAACUAUUGCUCAGCUGGACAAUCUGCAAGAGCUAUCAUUGUGUCAGUGUUCUGUAAAGAUUCACAGUGCAGCACUGGCAUUCCUAAAGGAGAAUCUAAAGAUUCUGAGAGUUAAGUUUGAUGAUGUUCGAGAGCUUCCACCUUGGAUGUAUGGGUUACGAAACCUGGAGGAAUUAUAUCUGAUUGGAUCUUUAAGCCCUGAUGUAUCAAAAAACAUCACACUUGACUCAUUCCGUGAACUGAAGAGCCUUAAACACUUAUUUAUAAAGAGUAAUUUAUCCAAAAUCCCUCAAGGUGCUGUUGAUGUUUCUGGCCAUCUUCAGAAACUCUGCAUUCAUAAUGAUGGAACCAAGCUGGUCAUGCUGAACAACUUGAAAAAGAUGGUCAACCUGACAGAGUUGGACCUCAUACACUGUGACUUGGAUCACAUACAUCACUCGAUUUUCAGUUUGUUAGCACUGGAAGAACUGAAUUUAAAGGAAAAUAAUCUCAAGUCUAUUCAAGAAAUAGUUAGUUUUCAAUACCUGCGCAAACUUACAAUCUUAAAAUUGUGGUACAACAGCAUUACACAUAUUCCAGUUGAAAUCAAAAAACUCACCAGCUUGGAGAGGCUUUACUUUAGCCACAAUAAAAUAGAGGUUCUCCCAUCUCAGCUCUUCCUAUGCCACAAACUCAGAUACUUAGAUUUGUCAUACAACGACAUAAGAUUUAUUCCACCAGAAAUUGGAGUAAUGCAGUCUUUACAGUAUUUUUCAAUUUCUUGCAACAAAGUGGAGAGCGUUCCUGAUGAACUGUACUUCUGCAAGAAGCUGAUAACAUUAAAAAUUGGGAAAAAUAACUUAUGCUCUCUCUCACCAAAAAUUGGCAAUUUGGUAUUAUUGUCUUAUUUGGAUAUAAAAGGCAAUCACUUUGAAACCCUACCACCAGAACUUGGCGACUGCAGAGCCCUGAAAAAGAAUGGCCUUAUUGUAGAGGACACCCUGUUUGAAACAUUGCCAUUUGAUAUAAGGGAACAAAUGAAAUCUGAGUAAUUGAGCAAUUUCUAGUCAUUACUGGGCAUUAUUUAAAUGUAUGUAAAUGCUAUUGUAAAUAUUGUUGGUACAUAGGUGGGCAGCAUUUGGUAUUUGAAGGGUUAAAAUUCAAGGAAAGGAUUUAGUCUUAUAAAUUAUUCAGUUCAAAGGCCAGUAACACUAGUAAUAUAUAAUUUACAUAUAAUCACUUAUGGAGUUCAGGUAAAGGUGUUGUACUGUGAUAUGAAAUAUAACAAUAGUGCAGCAUUCUUUCCCAGAAUUCUAAUGUAAGUGUACCCACCACAACCAGUGGAAAAUUCUGUGCCACUUUCUUGAGGAGCAAAAAGUAGUGACGGUAAGUAACACAUGCUGGUGCAACUUUUACAGCAGAGGUGGUACAUGGCAUAUACAUACAUGCUCUUCCCACUUAUAGGCACAACAUGCAGUGGGAGCCUGGUACUUGUAAUCAGGGCCCAAACUAGGGGCAAACAGAAGAGGCCUAGGGCAUAAGGGUGAGGUGGGCACUAGGCAAGUACCUCUUCUUUCUGCCUUCCCUUGGUCUGGGCCCUCGUGCCCUACCACCUGCUCCUUACCUAUCCCCCCAACCCACACAGCUUUACCGCACAUGGGGGGGGCAUGGUGACUGACCAGGUAGCCUAGGGUGCCUAAACUGCAGGACUUUCUUGUGCCUUAUGCAACAAAGUAGACAAAAUUGGAACAUGGUGCUUGUAUAAAUGACCACAGUAGGCACCAGCACAUUGGUACAAGUUUUGUGACUAUCGAUCAUAAAUGAUCUCUGUAGUCUGCAAUCUGAAAUGUACUGCAUUAUUUCAAUGCAUUUUUAAACAUUCAAGCUCAAUUAAUAAUGUGUAUUGGCUAAAGCUCUUGACAGUUUUAGUUAUGUCAUUAACAUAACAUUAGUUACUGAAAUGGGGUUUAGGAUUGUUGAGUGAAAACUUUUAAAAUCACUAUACAAAUUGAUCCAGACAAAUCUAAUCAAUCCCUCAGAAGGCCAGUUUGAGGGUUGGGGUGGGGUAUUUAUUACUAACCCCAAAAUGGUAAUCAGAUUGACCCCUUUACCAGAUAUAUAUACUUUUUUAAAUAAAAAGUACAUAACAGACAGGAUUGUAACAGACAAAUGCCUGCAAUGAGGGAGAAAAUAUCAUGGUGCAAUACAAAUUAGAUUUCAAAAACUACAUUUUAUAAGUAUUGCAAAUAAAACAACAUUAAUUUUGCCGAUGCUCUACCUAGGGUUGUCUUCUGGCCAAUAUGUACCAAUAAAACUGAUGCUGCAAAGUUGAUAAAAUGUAAACCAUUGUUUUGCAUUUUGGUUCUCUGGUCCUGAAUUUCUGCAGGUCCCUGUUCUCUGUUUUAAAGCGCAGUGACCUGCGGCUGCCCCAUGCUAGGGGGUGGUAGAGGACAUAGGCUACAGAACAGGGUAGCACCCCUUUUUGCUGAACCUGUGUUCACCACCUUGUGCUCGAUUGUGCCACAUGGCUUGGAAUAUCUAAUAAACAUUUACAGUACAUUACAAAUAUAUUAUUCAGUAACUUGGAAAAGCUUAUUUAGAACAGCACUAUUGAGUUUGUUGAGUUGUGGUGUAAGACAAAAUGUAAUAUUGUUGUGUUCUCCUGGUUGCAAGGACCCACAUGGCUGCUGAACUUCUAUAAACAAUUUAUAAUAUUCAUUAUUUGAUAUCUGCGAAGAACUAAUUUAGAACUGCACUGUAUAAGAACUGAAUAGUAUGCUUCUUAUUACUAAUCCUGUGCCUUUUCUCUUUUACAUCAAUAAAAUUUGAGGACUAGUUUUAUA